AGCCUCCAUCACCACAUUUCCUGUUUGUAACUGAACAAAGUACACGCAGAAGAUUUUAAGAAGAGAGAAAAAACGGAGGUACAGAUAAAGUUUACUGACACUUCUCACUUAACAGAGCAACAUUACUUAGAAAAAAAAGCUUGCGGGAGUAUUUUUAAUUCAUACAUUUGCCUAUGGCUACAUAAGGAUUUCUCAAAGAAAAAAAGCAUGGCAGGAAGCCCUGAAUGCCACUUUUCUGUCUGGGCAAUUCUAGCCUUCUUGGGCUUAGCUCUGACUAUAUCGCUGAUCUUCAACAUUUUCCACUAUGUGGAAAAGCAGCGACAAGAAAAAAUAUGCGCAUACUCCGACGACUACUUUCCCAGGGAAGAUGAGUAUGAUCUCGAAGAUGCACCAAUUUAUGGUAACGUAGAUAAUGUGGCCUUAGAACCAGUGGAUGAAAACUGCUACGAACAGAUGAAAGCACGACCAGACAGAUCUGUGAACAAACUACAAGACGCCCCCCCUUCACAGGAAACUGAAGUAAGGAUGUGCUAUGCCUCAUUAGAUCACAACAAUGAGGGGAAGCGAAGAAAGCCCAAGAAACAGAAAACUCAUUUGUCAGACAAGGAUGGAGACGGGCAGAUGCAUGCAAUGGAUAUCAGCCUUUCUAAGACCACUUUGGUGGACAGUUUCCCACCGGAAAGCGAGGCAAUGGAGGAAAACAUUCAUGAUGAUCCCAUCAGGCUGUUUGGAUUGAUCCGUGCCCAGAAAGAAAGUUUACACUCACUGGACUACGAUCUGGCUCAGUGAAGUGGCUCUUGCUGGACGCAUUUGUCAAAGAAAUGAAGACCCAUCUGACACAGCAUGACUUGUCAGGUUGAUGAUCUGAUCGUCUGUUGGUGGGAUGGACGCGUACCUUUUAUCCAGAGGUUAUGUUAUGCACACCAAAUGGAAUACCAUACACAUUAGCUAUUUAGUUAUUUGAAUUCACUUAAAAAACACCUAUGUAGUCAAAUGUGAAUAAAAUAAAGUUUGCAGAUUGAUCCUGAUAGAAGCUAUAACUUCAGAACAAUGCUCAGUGAUAUAAACCUGACCUGAAAAAAGGUUUUAAGCAUAUGUUCUUGAUCAUGUUGAAAGAAGUCAAUUUUUUUUAAGUUCUCCUUUGUGAAUGUGAAAUAUCCCAUAAUUGGAGGAAAUUUCUAAUUGAAAAGCAUGAGAGGCAUUUAAACUUAUUUCUAAGAGUAGAGGGGUAGGCUUUUUAAUAUUUUUCACAAAUGGAAAUUUUGGUUCUAGAAAUUAUAAAAUUAAUGCAUAUUCCUUAUAACAGUAAAUAGUAUCAAAAAUAAUUUAGAUAUUCCACUAGCCAGAGAUAAUUGCCAUGAUCAACUUUCUAUAUAUUCUUUUAGAUAUUUUUCUCAGCAUGACCAUGAGUGAGUGAGUGAAGUCGCUCAGUCGUGUCCGACUCUUUGCGACCCCAUGGACUGUAGCCUACCAGGCUCCUCUCUCCAUGGGA